GAUCCUAAGCGAAAGAUUCACAAACCAGUGAAAGGUAUCUUAAGAUUGGAGAUUGAAAAGUUGCAAUCUGGCCUUGUUGAUUCAGAAAAGUACUUUGAGAACGGAAGUACAAACAAUGAUUUGAUGGGUCAUCUGGAUGUGCCUGACACUACCUUUGAAAAAUGUCCCAGCUACAGAACUGAUGGAUGGCAGAACACUGAUUUCGGUCCACAUUCCUCUGAUAAAAUAGAGCUGAAUCGGAAUGGAUCAAUGGCCCAUGGAUUGGUAGAUCGCAGUGCUAGUGAUUUUCAGGCCUUUGAUUUUCGGAUAACUACAAGGAACGAGCCUUUCUUGCAGCAUUUCCACUGCCUUUAUGUUUAUCCUUUAAGUGUUAGCAUGAGUAGAAAAAAAAAUUUGUUCAUACGAGUUGAACUGAGAAAGGAUGAUGGAGAUAUCCGCAAAGCCCCAUUAGAGGCAAUGCACCCAAGAGAACCCGGCUCUGAACGUAAAAAAUGGGCCUGUACUCAAGUUGCAGUUGGAGCUAGAGUUGCCUAUUACCAUGAUGAAAUUAAAGUUUCGUUGCCUGCCAUUUGGACCCCUAUGCAUCACCUUUUAUUCACUUUUUAUCAUGUUGACCUCCAAACUAAAAUGGAAGCUCCAAAGCCGGUGGUUGUGGGAUAUGCUGCACUUCCUUUAUCCACUCAUGCCCAGCUGAAAUCAGAGAUCACAUUGCCCCUAAUGAAAGAGUUAGUACCUCACUAUCUUCAAGAUAGCAGGGAGAAGGUGGAGUACUUGGAGGAUGGCAAAAAUGUGUUUAAACUCCGGCUGCGUUUAUGCUCAUCACUGUACCCAAUAAGUGAGCGGAUUAGAGACUUCUUCCUUGAAUAUGAUCGGCACAUUCUUCGGACAAGUCCACCUUGGGGAUCUGAGCUUCUUGAGGCAAUCAACAGUCUGAAAAAUGUUGAUUCGACAGCUUUGCUUCAGUUCCUUCAGCCUAUCUUAAACAUGCUUCUGCACCUAAUUGGCAAUGGUGGAGAGACUUUACAGGUUGCAGCUUUCAGAGCCAUGGUUAAUAUUUUAACUCGGGUGCAGCAAGAGUCUGUUGAUGAUGGUGAAAGAAAUAUUUUCCUAGUGAACUAUGUUGACUUUGCUUUUGAUGACUUUGGAGGCCGUCAGCCACCAGUGUACCCUGGUUUAUCCACAGUUUGGGGAAGUUUGGCUCGCAGCAAGGCCAAAGGUUACCGUGUUGGGCCUGUUUAUGAUGAUGUAUUGGCUAUGGCGUGGUUUUUCCUUGAACUCAUUGUGAAAUCCAUGGCAUUGGAGCAGACUCGGUUGUUGUAUCACAACCUUCCAUCUGGAGAAGAUGUUCCUCCAAUGCAGUUGAAGGAUGGCAUCUUUAGGUGUAUAAUGCAAUUGUAUGAUUGCCUGUUAACAGAAGUGCAUGAGCGUUGCAAAAAGGGUCUAGGUCUGGCCAAGUAUCUAAAUAGUAGUUUGGCCUUCUUUUGUUAUGAUCUGCUGUCUACAGUUGAGCCUCGCCAAGUCUUUGAACUGGUGUCUUUGUACCUUGACAAGUUCUCGGGGGUGUGUCAACCAGCGCUGCAUGAUUGCAAGCUUAAAUUUUUGCAGAUUUUAUGUGAUCAUGAUCUAUUUGUAGAAAUGCCUGGGAGAGACCCUUCUGAUAGAAAUUAUCUUUCAUCUAUUCUUAUACAAGAGAUUUUCCUCACGUGGGACCAUGAGGAUUUAUCUAUGCGGGCCAAGGCAGCUAGAGUUUUGGUGGUUCUAUUGUCCAAGCAUGAGUUUGAUGUUCGUUAUCAGAAGCUGGAAGAUAAACUUUAUAUAGCUCAAUUAUAUUUUCCUCUUGUGGGUCAGAUACUAGAUGAAAUGCCUGUCUUCUAUAACUUGAGUUCAAGUGAAAAGCGUGAGGUACUGAUUACUAUUUUGCAAAUUUUACGCAAUUUGGACGAUGCCUCUCUUAUCAAAGCUUGGCAACAAAGUAUUGCACGUACCAGAUUAUUCUUUAAACUCUUGGAGGAAUGUCUCGUUCAUUUUGAGCAUGGAAAACCUGAUGACAGUGUGCUUAUGGGUAGUAGUUCGCGAAGUCCUUUAGGAGAUAAGCCCUUUAUCUCCAAGUAUUCCGAUAGACUUUCCCCUGCAAUCAAUCAUUAUCUUAUGGAGGCCGCACGCCAAGAAGUUGGAGGAACACCUGAGAACGGAUAUCUAUGGCAAAGAGUCAACUCGCAGCUAAGCUCUCCCAGUCAGCCAUAUUCGUUGAGGGAGGCUCUUGCUCAGGCCCAAUCUUCGAGAAUUGGAGCUUCAACCCAAGCGCUAAGGGAAUCUUUGCACCCAUUAUUGAGGCAAAAAUUGGAACUCUGGGAAGAAAACCUUAGUGCUGCUAUCAGUCUUCAAGUUUUGGAAAUAAUUGAGAAAUUCUCCGCUGCUGUAGCAUCCCACACUAUAGCCACUGAUUAUGGAAAACUUGAUUGCAUUACCUCUAUAUUUAUGAUAGUCUUCUCACACAGCCAACCUCUGGCUUUCUGGAAAGCUCUCUUGCCCGUGUUUAAUACCAUCUUUGAGCGCCAUGGAGCAACACUAAUGGCAAGGGAAAAUGAUCGUUUUCUAAAGCAGAUUGCUUUCCAUCUUCUCCGGCUUGCAGUUUUCAGAAACGCGAAUAUUCGGAAGAGGGCUGUUAUUGGGCUUCAGAUACUUGUUCGGAGUUGCUUCUCUUACUUUAAGCAGACAGCAAGAUUGAGGGUCGUCCUGACUAUUACACUGUCAGAGUUGAUGUCAGAAGUGCAAGUUACACAUAUGAAACCCGAUGGAAAUCUGGAAGAAAGCAGCGAAGCACGUCGUCUGCGUAAAUCUUUGGAGGAAAUGAUGGAUGAAUCUAAGAGCCUAAAUGCUCUCAGAGAGUGUGGUCUUUUGGAAACGGGAUCUUUCCCGUGGUCAGAAAUCAAAGACCUCUCUGAUAGUCUCAUUUUGGCUCUUGAUGCCAGUCUGGAACACGCGCUUCUGGCCUCUGUCAUGACGCUAGACAGAUAUGCUGCUGCCGAGAGCUUUUACAAACUUGCUAUGGCGUUUGCUCCUGUUCCGGAUCUUCACAUAAUGUGGCUACUGCACCUAUGUGAUGCGCAUCAGGAGAUGCAGUCCUGGGCUGAAGCAGCACAAUGUGCUGUUGCUGUUGCUGGUGUGGUGAUGCAGGCACUUGUUACUAGGAAUGAUGGUGUAUGGAGCUGUGAACAUGUAAAUGCACUGCGUAAAAUAUGCCCCGUGGUCAGUGGUGAGAUCACAUCUGAGGCCUCAGCAGCCGAGGUAGAAGGAUACGGCGCAUCGAAACUAACAGUCGACUCGGCUGUUAAGUACCUUCAACUCGCAAAUAAGCUCUUCUCUCAAGCCGAACUCCACCAUUUCUGUAGCAGUAUCCUUGAACUCAUAAUUCCAGUAUACAAAAGCAGAAGGGCAUAUGGCCAGCUAGCCAAGUGCCACACUAUGCUUACCAAUAUAUACGAGUCGAUCCUCGAGCAGGAAUCAAGCCCCAUCCCCUUUGCGGAUGCAACAUAUUAUCGAGUGGGAUUCUAUGGUGAGAAAUUCGGGAAGCUCGAUCGGAAGGAGUACAUAUACCGAGAGGCUCGUGACGUGAGGUUGGGCGAUAUAAUGGAGAAACUCAGUCACAUAUACGAGUCGAGAUUGGCGAAUGGCACUACAACACUGCACGUCAUCCCUGACUCCAGACAGGUGAAAGCCGACGAGCUGCAGCCAGAGGUUUGCUACCUGCAGAUAACUGCAGUCGACCCUGUAAUGGAAGACGAGGACUUGGGAAGCAGAAGGGAGAGAAUAUUUUCUCUCUCGACCGGAAGACGGGUUUUCGACCGAUUCUUGUUCGACACCCCUUUCACGAAAAAUGGCAAGACCCAGGGUGGGCUGGAGGACCAAUGGAAGAGGCGUACAGUGGUACAGACUGAAGGCUCCUUCCCCGCCCUCGUGAACCGGCUCCAGGUGAUCAAAUCCGAGUCGCUUGAGUUCUCACCUGUGGAGAAUGCAAUUGGGAUGAUUGAAACUCGAACGGCAGCACUGAGGAACGAGCUCGAAGAACCCCGGAGCAGCUCGGAAGGAGAUCAGCUCCCACGUCUGCAGAGUCUGCAGAGGAUACUUCAAGGCUCUGUGGCCGUCCAAGUGAACAGCGGGGUACUUAGUGUUUGUACAGCGUUUCUUUCUGGUGAACCGGCAACGAGGUUGCGAUCGCAGGAGUUACAACAGCUGAUUGCUGCACUUCUUGAAUUUAUGGCAGUUUGUAAGCGUGCAAUCCGGGUCCACUUUCGGUUGAUUGGGGAGGAAGAUCAGGAAUUUCAUACUCAGCUAGUUAACGGGUUCCAGUCGCUAACUGCAGAGUUGUCUCAUUACAUCCCUGCCAUUCUCUCAGAACUUUGA